AUGAGGAGAAGCCCUGAUUCCAGCCCCGAGGCCAUGAAGAUCAAGUCGGAUCAGUCGUACACCUCCAAGGUCAUCGAGAACAGAAUGGCUGAGAUCUUCAAGAAGCACAACGUCUCGGACUACUCCUUCUCCAACGCCAAGUCGCAGGAAUCUGGCACGAAGGACAGUCAAGUGGAGAGCAGAGCAAGCGGUGCUAAGAGCAACAAGGCGGCGGCGGCAGAGCGCGUCAGCGAGGGCAGUCCUGCAGCUGGGCGUUCAGCUGGAGUGAGCGUGCCGGAGCAUCUGAAGCGAGAGAGGGAGGAGAGGCAGACGAGGACGAGGAAGGAGAAGCCGAAGAAGGUGCAAGAUUCUCCUGACUCUAAGGCUUUGAAGGACGAGAUCACCGGAGGGAGAUACUCUCUAGCGUGGGAUGAGCUUUCGAGCGCCACGUCGGGAAAGAAGCCGUCGGCAGCGGAAGUCGCUCUCAAGUACCGCAUGAAGGAGGAGAGGGAGGUGGAGGAGGCGGCGGGGAAGUGGAAAGCGGUUACUACCUUCCGAGAUGAGUGCAAGCAUGCGACUUCCCUGCCGUCCACCUCGGACGUCAACGUGGGCAAGAACAGCCUAUCGACUCGCAGCUCCUCUCGCUCUCCCGCUGGUGAUCGUGAUCCCUUUGCUGUCUCCAUCUGA